CCAACACGCUGGCCUCCACGAAUCGCAACACCGCUCUCUGCUCCCUAGAGAGUAGAGACCCUAGCCUAGAACAUUCCAUAAUUCCGUCCCAAUUCUUUUCAAAAGUUAAAUCUGACAAUACACCGAAAUCUCCAAUUCUCCAUCCUCUCAGCCAGCCACCGGCAGCGGCAACGGCAGCGGCGAGCGGCAAACCCGCCUCAACCAGCCGCGCCGCCGCCACCACGACGGGUGGCGGCGCCCGUGCUCCGAUGGUCGGUAUGUACCAGAAGCAGCUCCUCGAUGCCCCCUUCGCCCUAAACGGCCACUGCGGUGACCAGCCACGACACGCGCCGGCCGCCGCCGCCGCCUCCUCCUCCUCGUUUCCCCCUUCCUCCUCCUCCUCAGGCGUCGUCCCCUCGCCGCAGCCGGAUGGCGCCGGCGAGACGCGGCGGCCGUUCGAAGCGCUCGUCGGGGAGAUCCUGCAGCGCGGCGCGGGAAGCGGCAACGGCGUGGCCGCCGGGGAUCUGGAGGCGGUGGUGUGCUGGGCGCGGGAGGUCGCCGUGGAUCCCUGCGCGAAGCGUCCGGCGGACAGGCCGAGGAAGCGGCAGGUGCUGGCCCUGCGGCGCGCGCGCUACCUCAGGAUGGAGGACGUCGCGGACGCAGCAGAGCUCCCCAGCUUCUCCAAGAAAAGGAAGUACAAAACUCACAACAAUCAUUAUGAAAUGCCCAGGAAAGGGUCAAUGCCAACAAGGAAAUCUGAGAGGCUUGCUAGGAGAAUGGUACUCAUGACAUCAGUGCUUCUCACCCAACGGAAAAAGAUAGGAGUAGGUGAGCACUUUCAGGCAAAGAUACCUGAAUGGACUGGACCACCUUCAGAUGCAGAGCUUUCUUGCUAUAGGAAUGACCCGGACAUCUCAAAGAUGCUAGGAAGCAGAACUUGGCCCCCUGAAGGUGAAAUGUCGCAAACAGAUAUUGUGGUAGCUGGUCGGGGAAGGCCUGAGUCUUGUAGUUGCCAAUAUCCAGGAUCGUACUUCUGCAGACAGCUUCACAUAAAUGCAGCAAGGGAUCAGCUAAGGUCUGAAAUUGGCCAAGCUUUCACGGAAUGGAAAUUUGAUUCAAUGGGUGACGAGGUUUCUAAGAUGUGGAGUCAUGACGACCAACUAAGGUUUAAUGGACUUGAGCGUUUGGUUCCUUCGCUGGAGAAUAAGAGCUUUUGGGCGAUAGCGUCGAAACAUUUUGCCUCAAAGCCAAGGAGGGACUUGGUGCAGUACUACAUGAAUGUUUUCCUGAUGAGAAGAGUUUUAAGCCAGUGCAGAUUGAGUCUUUUGGAGAUUGAUAGUGAUGAAGAUGAAGCAGAGGAAGAGGAGGAUGAAGAUCAAUCUGAUGGCUCCAAUUCUUCCCAGAGGGCCCAGGAUGUCCAAGAUGUGAAAAAGAUUUCAUGAAUCUGCUGACAGCUACCUGGCAUGUUUUUUCCGGCAUGGCACCUGUUUGGGGGCGUUGAGAAACACAUCAUCUCAAGUGAUCUUUCAGUCGUUCGAUUAUGCUAAGUCAUCCGUUCUGCGCUGGAACUUGUUCAAAGUGCACAUCAUUCUCGAUACUUGUUUCAAGGCAGCCCAAUCAUUUGCAGCUUGAUGCUCAAGAGCUCAUCUGAUCUGAAUUGUUUCCCGUGUACAGGAAAUAUGAAAUAGAGAUCUAAAGGGGGUAGAAAACAAAUGAUCAUUGGUUUCCUUCUUUUAAGUCUUGAGAGGGUCAAUGUAAGGUGUGUAAACCAAAACCCAUUUGACGCUCUUAGCAAGCUGUUCGGCAACUGUGGUUUAAUCCCCAGUUUUGAUAGAAUUGUUUGGGUGUUGACAUA